AAUGUCUCCUGGUCGUGGCGCAUAGAUCUUAAAGUGCUGGGAUCCCCACGCCCUUACUCGUUUGCCAUCUGCAGCCCCCUGCUGAUGCAAAAUGGCUACUGCAACAACCUUGACAGCCCUUACAAGUCCUCUUUCUUCGCAAAUCUCCCCGACGUUCUUUUUUUUGGGAGUUGCAUUCCACCAGUGCAUCCGUACAACUGAGAUUGACAAUCAGGUUUGGUCGCUUGCUGGUUUGUAUCUCGGAAGUUGGCUCACCCUUUGUGUCGUCUAUUCUCAUGGCUUCGCACUAUCUUGGGUCACUGCGGCCGGAUGGGCCACUUUUGCUGCAUGUGUCUUUAAUGCCGGGUUGACGACGAGCAUCAUCAUCUAUCGGGCUUUCUUUCACCGAUUGCGACAUUUUCCUGGACCAUGGACUCUGCGGCUGAGUCGACUGUUUAUUGUGCAGCGAGUUUUAAAGCGGACUCAGUUCCACUUAAAUCUUGAAACAAUGCACCACAAAUAUGGCGAUUUUGUGAGGACAGGCCCUCGUGAGAUAUCGAUCAACCGGCCAUCAGCUGUAUAUGCGGUCAAUGGACCCCAUUCUCCUUGCACCAGGGGAACCUGGUACAGUCAUGUGUCCGCCGACAACACCAAAGUUUCGCUGAACUCAACGCGGAACCCCGAUGAUCAUCGCCUUAGACGGAGGGCCUGGGAUCGUGGGUUCAGUGUGAAAGCAUUGGCUACAUAUGAGCUCAGCGUGUAUCGUAAGGUGAACGUCCUCAUUUCUCAACUUCGCUCGCGUCUGAAUCAACCUGUCGAUGCCACGCAAUGGACAAUGUACUAUGCAUUUGACACCAUGGGUCUGAUUGGUUUUUCAAAAGACUUUAGUCAGCUAGAAGACGGCACCGAGCAUGCUGCAAUUAAGGAUCUCCACGAUCAAAUGUUGGUCCUGGGGUUCUUGAAACCUGUUCCAUGGAUAUUUACCAUUCUCGGCACAAUCCAGGGUUUGGUAGGACAUUAUGGCCAAUUCAUGACAUACAGCCAAUCCCAGAUGGCGGAAAAGAAAUCGAAAUGGAUUGCAGAUGAAGAGAAAUCCCCGAAGGAUGUUAUCUCCUGGCUUCUCAAGGCCAGCGAUGAGAAUGAUCAGUCUGCUCCACCAGGGGACCAGGCCCUCAAUGAAGAUGGCCGGUUGAUGCUCAUUGCUGGAAGCGAUACCACUGCUGCGACUCUAGCCCAUGCGUUGUAUUACCUUGUCAAAAACCAGGCGGUAUUGAAGAGACUCCAGUUGGAACUUGAUAAUGCGUUCUCAGACCACUCAGGGGCUGAUCUAAGUACCGAAACACUGCGAACCCUGCCAUACCUGGAGGCCAUUAUUAACGAGACACUUCGUCUCAAGCCCCCGGUUCCCAGCGGUCAACCAAGAAUGACACCCCCAGAAGGUCUUCAGAUCGACGAAGUGUGGAUACCUGGGGAGACGAUCGUCAUCGUGUCGCAGCAUGUUAUGCACCGAGAUGAUCGCUACUUUCCAUCUGCAGAUGAGUUCAUACCCGAGCGGUGGCUGGAUAGGAAAGAGAAGUUGAUCACGGACGAGGAGGCCUUCUUUCCGUUCCAGUUAGGCCGAUAUGGAUGCGUCGGGAAGCAGUUUGCCCUGAUGCAACUCCGCAGCGUCAUUGCCCGAAUUGCCAUUGAAUUCAAUCUUUCAUUUGCAGACGGUGAGGAUGGAGUCUCAUUCGAUCGAGAUUCCAAAGAUACCUUCACCAUGACGGUGGGGCCAUUAAAUCUCGUAUUCAGCGAUCGGGAACGUUGCAGGUCGGGUGAGGGUGUUUUUUUGGUCCGGUGAGAUGAAACGGCUUCCUAAAAAGACCCACGAGGUGUAUUUUUCUUUUCAACUCAUGGGAUGUCGUUCACUGUUAUACCAUGUUUAGUACCUGCUUUGUAGCAACUUUAUACUUGCUCUAUGUUAAGUACGCUAUUAUUAAGGCACUCUAAGGACCACUAUCC